CAUAGUUCUCGUGUGGGAAAUGAUGUGCUGUAACUUUGAGGUACGUGGAAGAGUAUCUCAGUAAAAAUGAUCUGAGAGCCCCAAACCUUGGCAAAAUCCAAAAGUAGACUGAUGGGGUGACUCAGCUACAUUUUAGAUUGAGUUUGUUAGUAUUAUGUUAUUAUUACUUUGCCACUAAUUGUUAUUGCAAAUUGCUGUAAAACCAUCUAUUAGCUAAUGGAAUGAUUAUGAAAUGAGAAAUUAGUCUUUACCUUUCUAUCUUCUUCUUAGGAGGCUUCUUGUCACUCAAACAAAGUAAAUUAAAUUCCUCAGCCCUAACACAAAACCAAUGGUUAUAUACUUAUAGUAUUAUUCUUCAAAACUAUAAGCACUUAUUGACGAGUAUGAACAUUAUACAAUAACGACGAAAGAAAAAACAUAAUCUUGACAGGCUAUUCAUUUCUUAGAAUUAUUAUCAAACUACCCUUUUUAUUGUUUGGUCAACUAUCAUCAACUUGUACCAUCUACAAUCCACUGGUAGUUACCACAAUAUAAUAGUACUAGUCAAAUAGUGAAUAGCAUAUGAAGCCACUUCAUGUCUCCCUUGUGAGUUCCUACCCACCCGCACUUGGAAUUCUAUGUGCCAACCCCAUUAGGCCACUAACUAGUUGCCACCACGACUUAAUUAGCAACUAUAUCUUGGACUUGGUGUGAUUUAGUGAGAGAGACAUGUUACUAUUAUUAUUUCAACUACAUGUUACUAAAUAAACUCCUCACCAGUCACCAAUACUACUUCAUUUUGUGCCUUGUUCCUGUGAAAUACUUUUUCAAGAUACAGAGAGAGCAAUGUUACAUGCAGGUGCUGGCAAGAGGCACUACAUGUUGUGUGCCUUGGCUACAAUUGUCAUCGUAGCUCUUUGGUUUAUGUUUACAGGCUCUAUCACCCUCAAAUGGUCUGCAGGCAACCUUAAUCAAUUCUCUGAUGACUUGGAUUCAAUGAUUCUUGAGGAUCUAGAUGUCCUGGAGGUAGAGGAGAGGGAGAAGGUUGUAAAGCACAUGUGGGAUGUGUACACUCGCAGUCAGAAUGGAUUAUCUCAGUUUUGGUUGGAAGCUUUUGAAGCUGGUUAUGAGCACUUGAUCAGUGAUGUUCCUGCUGUUAAAAACGCUGCCGUUUCAGAAAUUGCCAAGAUGUCAUUGGCACUGCGCUCACACAUUUCACAUCAACUUCCUCUUCAACUUCAAUCACCAUCGCAUGUGAAGAGCAGCAAGAUAUCAAGAAAACUGAAGCAAGCAAAUACUCAGAGUGAAUCAGAUCAUUAAGACCAUUCAUUUCAGAAUAAUCCCUUCCCUUCCUUAUAAUCUUAACUCCCAAAUUUAUAUAAUAUUAUAUGAUUAUAUAGGUUUUUAAAUUUAAAUUAAACUACUUGCGUAUUAUAAUGUAAACAUGCUAAUGAUAGCAACAAAAAAAUGUAAAUAGGCUAAUCAUUGCAUAUUUAUGUUGCCAAUGUCAAACAUUUAUCAAGGGGCAAUUUCUUUAUUAUGGAAGCGGAUGUACGCCUAUGCACCAAUGUUUUUAAAUCAGAACAAAUUUUGAACGAGAGGUAAGUAAAGUAU